GGCGUGUGCGUCAUCAAAGCGCGUCCGUAUUUUUCGUGAAGGAAGCUGCAACUUUUUUCUGUAAAACGCUUUUCAGUUCUCGUAAAAACGCCAACUAUCAUGUUAUUUAUUAAAAGUUGUCUUACUUUUACAACAUUUUGUAGUAAGAGACUUCCGGUCAGCCAGUUAAUGCGGUGUAAUUAUCGUCGGUUUAACGUAUCCAGACAUGGUGCUUCUAUCGGGACAGGACAGCUCUCCGUGGUGUUAUAUCGCUUCUUACCUGCUCACAGGUUUGCAUCUCAUCUCAGCUGUUUCAGAGGACUCUCAUCUUCACCUCCUGACAGAGAAGAUGCUGUUGGAAAGAUCCAGUCAACACAUUACCAACUGAUAUACACAUGCAAGGUCUGCUCUACCAGAUCAACGCAGAAGAUCUCUAAGGUGGCUUACUACAGAGGUGUGGUGAUAGUGACAUGUCCAGGAUGCAGGAAUCAUCACGUCAUCGCUGACAACCUGAGCUGGUUCUCAGAUCUGGAGGGGAAGAGAAAUAUUGAGGAAAUCCUUGCGGCCAAAGGAGAGACAGUGAAGAGGUUGGGAGAGAGCUAUGCUGUGGAGGUUGUGGUGGAUGAAUCCAGCACGGACCAGAAGCAGCAAGCUGAUGACACUGAAAAGAAAAACAAUGACCCAGGAAACCAAUAAUGAUUUGUUUUUACUGUACUUUGUAAGAUGUUAAUAUUUUAAUAAUAAAAAAUAAAAAUUUC